AUGAUGAUGGAUGCUACUGGAGCUCUUUCAGAUAGAUUUUGUAUCGCUUCAAAUAAAAAUAUUAACGUAGUGCUGUCUCCUGGAUAUCUAAUAGUUUAUGAUAUCCAAUACGACAAUGGAUGCAACGGAGGAGAGGCUGGCCAUGCUUGAAACUGACUUAAACAAUACGGAGCCCCUUUGGCAUCUUGUAUUCCUUUCCAUACAUGAAGCAUAGAUGAUCCAUGCCCUACUAAAUGCAACUCAGGAGAAUCACUUCAAUUUUACAAAGCUGCAAGUGUAAACACCUAUAGUAGUGUUUCAUCUAUCCAAGCAGCGAUUAUGACGAAUGGCCCAGUUUAG